AUGACAAUAUUUAUUUGUUUUUUUUUAAGAAAGGGCAGUGUUUGUGUAUCGAAAUGGUUCGCCUUCGAAAGUUUUCGUUUUCUACCAGACCGGGACAAACCUACCCAGACUGAGGAUACAGAUGUUGAUACAUUAAAUCAAGAGGAAGAAGAGGCCCCUACGCAGCAGCAAUCUGAACUUGACGAAAGUCUGACCACAGGCACCAGUGGAUUCAAAGCGCAGAUCAGACACCCUCAGUAGAAAGGCUGCUGUCUCCAGUUCUAAAGAGAAAGCGCACAGCGCAGACUUCCGUCAUUAAAGACCUUAUGCUGGAC